AUGACACCUUUGGUAUCUGAGGCCGGUAAUAAGCAAAAUGACUUGACCCCAAGGCAGGCAAGGCAAGCUGAAAAACUCGAAAGACGUAAAAAGUAUGCUGAUUUGGCUAUCCAAGGGACAAAUAAUUCGUCAAUUGCAUCGAAGCGGUCGGUGGAGAGGCUCUAUCUACACCACAUGGAUGCCAACAGAAACGUUGAUGAAAACAAGGGCUGCAAUGAGUAUUUCAAGUACUUUGUCAACAAAGCUUUAAGACGCUCGCCUUGCAUAAACCGAGGAUAUUGGCUCAGAAUUUACGCCAUCAAAUCAAAGAUUGAUUCUAUUGCUGCAAGUACAAACAAGCCGAUUACUGUGAUCAAUCUAGGUUGCGGGUUUGACCCUCUGCCUUUCCAGCUUCUGGAUAGCACAAAUAAGGAGAAUGCUAAAUAUGGAGGCCGUCUGUCGUUUGUAGACCUUGACUAUCCAGACCUACUACUGGAGAAAAAAAAGAUAAUCGAGAAGACGCCCGAGCUCCAACAAAUCGUUGGGAAGCUGAUAGCUCAUCCACGCUUACAAAACGUCCUUCAGGGCAGGCAGUAUCUGGCAUCACCAUGUGAUUUGAAUAAAGCAGGGAACUUUGUUAAGUUGAUGGAGGGUCUAGAGCUCAACGAUCCUAAUAAAAUCAAGAUCUUUGUGGCAGAAGUCUCGCUAGCUUACAUGUCCAGCGAAAAGUCCAACGCGAUUAUACUUUCAUGCUCUAAAAUGCCCAAUUCCCAUUUUGUUGUUUUGGAGCAACUGGUGCCAGCUGGACCGUCGGAACCGUUUUCCCGGAGAAUGCUCUAUCAUUUCAAAAAGAACGAUUCACCUCUACAGUCAGUCUUGGACCAUCAGACCAAAGCCACUCAGGAACAGAGAUUUCGGUCAUAUGGAUUCCCGCAUACAAAUAUCGGGAACAUGUACCAACUUUGGGAAUCCAUAGAUGAUGAUAUUAAACAAAAAGUCGAGAGUGUUGAGCCUUUUGAUGAGCUGGAGGAGUUUCUUAUGUUUUGCCAUCACUACGUGAUAGGACACGCAACAAACGAUCAGAACUUCGAAUUUUGCCCGAAGCUCAAGCAAAACGAAGAGUUAAACCCUAGUGAGCUCUUAAUAAAGGACCCGCCCAUGGAUUUCCUUCCAUUGGAUGGUAGCGACUUUUUGCAAAGGAAAUUUGGAUCAGCAGCGAUCUUGCCAAACAAUGAGAUAAUAUACACACAAGGUUGCUUCAGUAGCAGGCUGAAGGAUACGCUUUUGAUAGACCCCGUACUUCGCAGUAUUCGCCAAAUCGAUCCAGAACUUAUAGGGGAAGCACCUCCUGAGCGCAUGUGCCAUACUUUAACUUCCUUGAGCGAGAAUCUUUGUGUGCUUGUUGGAGGGAGAGGCGGCCCAAAAAAACCUUACUCCGAUCUGUGGCUUUUGCACCGCAAGUCUCCAGACUCAUGGCAAUGGACAGCAGGUCCUUCUCUCCCAGAGACCCGAUUUAGACAUGGUGCUUGUUCCAUCAGUGACACGCAAGUACUGAUUUUUGGUGGGGUUAGUGAGGGUCAGCCUUUUUUGAUUUACGAUGCAGGGGAAAACAAUCUUACGGUGCCAAGAGUUGAAGGAAGUAUUCCGCUUGUUGCUUCUCCCGGACUAGCAUACAAUAAAAAGGCGCGCAAAGGUGCCAUUACAGGCGGGGCUGACAAAGACGGGUCUAUAACCGGCGCUAUUUCGGUUUUCAGCUACGACGAAACUACCAAGACUAUUAAAAUCGAAAAACAACUUACGCAUCCUGCGUUCAAAAGGUAUGGAUGCAAGACUAUAUUCAUUGAUGACGAUAGAUUAUUGAUUGUGGGGGGUUUCAGCCCAGAUGUCUUGUUUGAUCAACACUCUACUGUGGUCGAGGCAUGCCUAACAUCGGGGAAGGUCAACCUAGUCAGAAUUCCAACCGCAGUUUGGGAGGAAGGCAUUCCGUUGAUGGCAGGGUUCGAGUUACAAAUGAGCUCACAAAGAGACGUGUACAUAUUCGGUGGCGGGGCAGUAUGCUAUGGUUUCGGCGCCGUUUGGAACGGCGUGAUGCGUAUUAGAGGAGCCGACUUGUCGGAUUAG